UACGACGUUUGUCAGCCCUACUCGUUCGCAAACGCAGAGUUCAUCACGGAAGGAAAAAAGAAAAAGUUGUGCAACGUGAAAACUUAACAGAUAAAAAGAAUACAAUUCGAUUGCAUUUAGCUGAAAUUAUGACGGUAAAUAAACGGGACGCGAACACAACGCGGCCGCGGUGUUUUUUCGAUAUAACGCUCGGUGGCCUGAGCGUCGGUCGCAUCGUGUUCGAGUUGUUUGGCGAUGUAGCGCCCAAGACGGUUGAGAAUUUUCGUGCACUGUGUACGGGUGAAAAGGGCACCGGACUUGUCACCGGCAAACGGCUACACUAUAAAGGUGUCAUAUUCCAUCGUGUGGUCAAAGAUUUUAUGGUGCAGGCUGGCGAUUUUAGUGCAGGCAACGGUACCGGCGGCGAAUCAAUUUAUGGCGGCACUUUCGAGGACGAAUCCUUCGACAAGAAACACGAUCGUCCCUUUCUGCUGUCGAUGGCUAAUCGUGGCAAGAAUACGAACGGCUCGCAGUUCUUUAUUACAACACAGCCUGCGCCACACUUGGACAAUAUCCAUGUUGUAUUCGGUCAUGUUAUAUCCGGUCAGGACUUGGUGCGUCAAUUAGAGGAUCUGCCCAUCGAUCGCAACUCGCGCCCUUUACAGGAUGCAGCCAUAGCCAACUGUGGCGAGUUAGUCAAGCAAACAAAGACAGCCAAAAAGGAGAAGAAGCGCAGGAAGCGUUCCACAGCAACAGAGGAAUCGGAAAGCGACGUUGAUGAAGUGGUCGCUAAGCAGCGCAAGGAUAAGCUAAAAAAGAAACGUUCACGCAAGGAGUCUAAAUCGAGCGACAGUGAAAACAGUGACUCGGGGCGUGCUGCGCGUGGAAAUGGACGCCAAGACCACUCCGAUGAGGAAGGCGAGAUACAUCCGUUGGUUACGUUGACAAAAAUUGAUCCCAGCGAGAUACCAGAGGUUUCUAACAAAUUCCUAAUGCGCGCUCAGAGAUCCCGUUCCCGCGAAGAACGCGCAGCUCGUGACAUUUCGCGUGAUGUACGCCAGCGGGAACGAGAACAUGAUCGCGAUCGGGAACGUGAUCGUGAUCGCGAGCGUGAUGAUCGGGAUAGAGGCAGAGAGCGUAAUCGCAACGCCUUUGGUUGGUCAAAGAAACAGGUGCCGACCUCACGCAGUGGCCGCAUUGUCAAAGGACGUGGCGUCUUUCGCUUCCGUACGCCUUCGCGAAGCCGGUCGAAGAGUAUUACUCCGCCGCAUUGGAAGCAUGCACAGAAGCGCACCAUCAAGCUAUCGGAUCUAGAGCGUAUGGAGGAGGAGAAUAAAAUUCGAGACGAGGAGGUGAGACGGCGAGAGCAGGAACGCAAAAAGCGGCACGAGGAGGCCUCGAAGGAUCCCAAAAAGUCAUUCUUCGAGCUGUCACACGCCAGCACCUACGGUGGCAAAGUGACGCCCGAAAAGUCGCCCACGAAACAGAAGCACGCGAGUACCAGCAGCAAUGUCAAGCACACUGACUUUCAUUCACAGAAGGAUGCGGAACGCACCAAAACAAGGGUAUCCGCUCCCGAGAAGGAGCGUGAAAAGGAAAAACCCAAAGAAGAAGCUCCACCAAAACGCCGCAAAUCGGUGGAUAUGAAUGCCUUGGACUAUGAACAGCAAACGGAGAGUGAGCCCGAACCGGAGGCCAGCAAACCCCUCCAAAAGCACAGCGAGUUCAGGGCGGCGCCUGCAAAGGAUCAGGACCGCUCAAAGAUCAGCGAAUCGUCAGCAGAGAACCGAAACAAACGCGACGAACGCAAAGCAGAGGACAAACCGCGCGAGCGGGAGAGACCUAAGCGCAGUCGGGAACGUUCCAAUUCUCGCAACCGCCAUAGGAGUCGAUCCCGUUCCGCCCAACGCAGACGAUCACCAGCGCGUCGCCAGCAGCGUUCACCUCCCAGGCGCCAGGCCAACAACAAUAACAACAACAACAACAAUAAUAAUAACAAUAAUAAUAUGAGCCAGAAUCAGCUGAACCGCAACCGUCGCAAUCCCUUUGCUGAUCGAGAACGCCGCCAACGGUCUCCAGACAACGAGUACCGAAACCGUUUUCCUCUUUCACCCAUACGCACUCGCCACUCACCUGGGGAACGGCGCCGUUCCAGAGAGCGCCAACGUCGUUCCCGUAGUCGUGGACGCAGGCAGGAAUCGGACGAACGCAGACGUCAGGAGUCACCUAAUCGCAAACGUCCAGAGUCGCCUGCUCGAAAGCGACAGGAGUCAGCUGAAAGGAAACGUCCAGAGUCACCCGUUAGGAAGCGCCAAGAAUCUGUGGAACGCAAGCGACGAGUCUCUCCGGACAGACGUCGACGAGAGUCGCCCAAUCGCAGACGCCAUGCAUCACCGGAGCGCAGACGCAGUGUCAGUCGGGGACGGCGACAAAGCCGCUCACGCAGUAACAGCCGGCCACGACGGAGCCAACGCUCCCAGGAGCGUCAUUCGCGGGAUAGAAGUCCGGUGAAGGGAUCAUCGGGCACGGCUGCUGCGGAGUCGGAAGAUAAGGAUAAAGCUGCUCGUGAGAAAAUGCAAAAGCGUGUAGAGGCGGCUCUGCUGCUUAAGGAGCAUAUGCGCAAGGAAAUAGCUAAGGAAGAGGAGAGACGCGCAGAGAAACAGCGACAGGACGAGCUCGAAAAAGAGCGCACUACGCGGGAGCUGAAUGAACUGGAGCGCCUGAAGGCGGAGACAUUGAAGAAGUUGCAGGAGGAGGACCGCGACCAGGGCGACUCAACGUCUAGUCGCGUUAGACGUGAAAGUCGUGGCAGCAGUCAUGACACCAAAAAGCGCAAGCAUAAAAAGUCCAAGAAACAGUCGACACGCUCGCCACGAUCCGACUCGGAAUAGUUUCCUGAAACAAAGAUCCACACUAGAAGAUCUGACAUCAUAUUCAAAAUCAAUCCUCUGAUUUGCGUAGUCAAGCAAUUAAAUUAAUACACAUAAAUGCAAUUGUAAAAACAGUUCGUGAAUUCUAUGUAGUGUAACCGCCCAAUAAAAACAAAAACUGUAU